AUGGCGGCCUCUCCUCGGGCUGACGUUCUGCGUCUCGGGUGCCGAGCGGCCCCGGCGUUCUUCACUUUGAGCCACCGCCGAUUGCUGUUCGCUGCUGCACCACUGCAGUCCUUCUCUGUGACGAAUAAGCAGUUUCAUCCCGAAGGCCUCGAAGCUCGGGCUCCGCGUCCGUAUCAGGGGUUGGACAUGCGCAAGAUCCACGAGCACAAAUGGAUUAGCCCUUUCACUACAAGAGUUCCUCAGAGAUCCGGUUACCAGUAUGACAUUGGAAAACUGCCGUCGGUGCACGCGUGCACGCACGCCGAAAUUGCUUCGUUCUUCGACGUGGAGAACAUGCUGCAGAAGUACACGUGGAAGCAGAUUGGCCAGAUGAUGCUUCCCAUGCUGAACUGGCUUGGCAUGAUCGUACUCAGCAUCGUGAUUGUGGCGUGCCCUUUCCUUGCUUUUGUCUUUUACGAGCAACGCUUUGAACCGAUUGAGCAGCGCAUUCCGCGGGACGAGUACUUCAAGAAUUUCAGGUGGAAUUACUGGGGCGGACAUCUGGAUCACCAUGCUUAUGGCCAGUACCUGGAGGCGAGACGCGCGAAGAAGUGGAGAGACGCAGACAUUAGCCCAGACGACUGGAUCCCUCCCCAAUACCGUGGUGCACAGUAG